AUGUUGCACGAGAUCCUGCUCUCCUUGUCCGGCCACCCGUCGCCGCUACUCAGAAAUGAGUACUCCGACGCCGGCCCCGGGGCUCUCUUGUCCGCCCCAGAGCGGGAUCUCCUCAAGACUGCCGGUCAUUUGAGUGAUCUCCACUGCAAUCUAAUCAAAUACACGACCCAUAUCAGCGCGUCGCACCCCUCUGUCAUUUGUAGAGCCGCCGCCACAGCCAUCAGCGCAGCCCAUCUAGCUGCAUUCCAACAAAAGAUCCUCGACGUUGAGGCCGGUAUACUGUGCAAGGAUGCCAGUCUUGUUGGAGCCUACAACAUUGUCCCCCUGACUGCCGUCAUUGGCGAAUUCUCGGGUUGGACAAGAAGAUUAGAAUGGCUAUGGGACCUGGUGCAGUUCAUGUCCAGGAAGAAGGAUGACGGUGCACUUUGUACUGGAGCGGAGCUGAUGAACAAGCUACGCGGCGAGCUCCUGACUGGAUAUGCUGAUAUCGAAGAGACCGCCUCAUCCCUGGUCAAGGUUGCGGAGACCGCCUGGCUCAAGCAAGUUUCUGCAUGGGUCCUCUACGGCCGCUUGCCGAGCUUUGGUGCUCAAGACUUUUUCAUUUUAAAGGAUGAGCAUGACGAACAGGGCUACAAAGUUGACCCGUCCUUGUUACCCUCAUUCGUCACCUCGCAUACGGCAUCAUCAAUGCUUUUCAUCGGAACCUCUCUCAACAGAGUGCGUUCCAAAAGCGCCGGACAGUCGUCUACAGCAGGGACACUUGGGCAUCUUUCUUCACAACUGCAAGAACUCUCAAGCCUCAGCUUUCCGCUCAGCUCUGCGGCACUAUCGAAAGCCACCAACGCUAUCCGCCUGAAUUACUCGCGGACAGUGUUGCAAAAGCUAUUACCUCUUGAGAGGGUUCUUGAGAUGCUUCAACUUCUGCGGCAAUUUAUGCUGUUGGGCCGUGGAGAAUUCGCCAUGGCUCUCACGCAACAGGCAGACGACAGAACUCGCAGCCGCUGGCGUCGUGCAGACAACCUUGCCUACCAAAAACGUGAUAGCCUCAGCACCGUCGUCGUAAAAGAGGGUGAGGUGGCUGCCGUCCUGGCCCGAACCUGGGCUGCGCUAGGCAUGAUGCAGAGCCAGCAUGCCGAUGAAGACGAAGAGCUCGAGUUUGCUAGAGAUGUUUUGCAAUUGACAAUGUCAAGUUCCCUAUCUACAACAAAGGAAGCGCCCGGGGGCUUGGUUGACACCCCUUUCCGAAACCUUCUGCUCUCCGCCCCGGUGGAGAUAACGGUUCGCAUCCCUUCACCUCUUGACCUAUUCCUGAGCACAUCAGAUGCGCAGAUUUACAGCUGUAUCAACUCGUAUCUGUUAUCGAUACGCCGUGCACAUCUUCGACUCACGGAUCUGUGGAAGAUUACUCGACUCCGCCGUCAUCAUCUUGCGCCCCCGAGAGCGCCAUUCAGCAUGACUAGGGGCGGGCUGGCAAAGACUAAAACGUUGAGAGAGCGCUGGUCGUCUCGCUCCACAUAUCUCAGGAGCACAUGGACAACGACGAGUGCUGCAAUCUUCUUUCUUGCCGAGACAGAAGCCUACCUACAAAUCGAAGUGGUUGAGGAGCUAUGGUCUGAUUUCCUCUCCUGGCUUGCCGACACAAGCGAGUCGGCUGAUGAUGGGCGAAUAAGAGCUCCAGAUAGGCACUUACAGAGCAAAACAAUCAGUCAACUAAGCGAUAAUCUAUGGGUGCCCUCGGGGUUGUCGAGACACCAGCAGUCUGGCGCCGGCCAGCCCGCCACCACGUUCAAGGUCGCGCACCACGACCCACAAACUCUGUCUGUAGCGCACAGGUUAUAUCUACGAUGCUUGACACGUCGACUAUUGCUCACACAGCACGUCUUUACGGCGCCAAUGUAUAAUUUGCUCAUACAUGCAGAUCAUCUUGUUGCAUUGGUUCAUCGCCUCGAUAGCAUCUGGACCUCAAUGGACCUCGAAAGUGACGAGGGUGUGGUGGACGCUUUCUCGAAUCUCGAGGCAGACGAAGCCGACGUCAAGACGAAUCUGCGCAGCUUGGAAGUCAAGAUCAAAAAGGCAGUCGAAGAGGUGAUCAAAGUUUUACGGAACCUGAGCAUAGAUCCUACGUUCCUGGCCGAGAUUGAGAAUGAUGGCCUCUUGGAGGAUGAGGAUCACAUGGCAGAGGAUGACCAAAAAAGAUACAUACCCAAGAGAACUGGUGGUGUCGACCGCCUAUUGAUGAAACUCGACUUUGGAGGCUGGUUUGGCAGUGGGUAG